AUGUUUGCAUUAGGAUUGAACAGAAGCGUGGUGUGGAGCAAGCCCGUGCGGGCAGCGUCGCGCCGGUUGUUAUCUACAGCCAAGACUACGGUGAGCGAGGAAGAACAAAUUCUAGUCGCGCAGCGUAAGAACAGACCGGUUUCACCACAUUUGACAAUCUACCAACCACAACUAACAUGGUAUCUGUCGUCCAUGCACCGUGUCAGCGGUGUGAUGUUGGGUGGGGUGUUCUACGCUGUGACAAUCGCGUUGGGCGUGUCGACCGUGUUCGGACUGGGGCUCACCUCGGACAAACUGGCCGACUGGUACCAUAACAAGGUACCCAAAUGGAUGGACUACACCGUCAAAGGUGGUGCGGCAUAUUUAUUCGCGUUCCAUUUCGGCAAUGGUAUUAGACACUUGAUCUGGGACACGGGCAAAGAAUUGACCAUCAAGGGUGUGUACAGGACUGGGUACGCGGUGCUCGCCUUGACGGCGGUCGCCGGAACCUACCUGCUGGCUUUGUGA